AUGGAGACCUUGCUUAAGGAGUUUUCCAUAAUUUUAGACGAGAAAAACAGAGCGAUAAACGAGCGAGAUAUCACUAUCAAACAGCUUCAAGCGAAUUUGUCAGAAAUUGAAAAUGAAAGGAAGUCAUUAAAUCUUAAGAAUUCACCAACAAAGCAUGUUGACAAUAAAAGUAAGACUGCAUCGCCGCCAAUGCAGCCCUUGAUGUGUCAAAUGAAUAAUAUUGUGGAUUUAAUCAACUUGUCUAAUAUUAACGAUCUAUGUGAUAUUGAAACCGAUGUCUUGGGCGAUGCAUCCAAAUCUGAUGAUAUGCUUCUAA